ACAAUAUUGUAUUUGACAGUUAGUAAGAUAGCAUUUCAACAUUUUAGUUAAUGUGCGAUAUUCAACACGUUUUCUACGAAAGUUUUGUAAAAUAAUUUGCAACAACUAACAAUGACUAGUAAAAAACUGAAAGUUGACGGUCAGGAGGACGAUGAGCAGCAGCACAUGGAAACAAAAAGUGAUAGUGGCGAUGGUUCUAGUGAUGAUGAGAAUCCGGAUAUUUAUAAAGGAGAUGAGGGAAUCACCGUGGAUUUUGAAGGUCGCAAUCCGAUCGACUCAGACUUGGAUGGAAUAAAACAAAUGCUUGGUCAAGUGUUCGUUAAGGCACACAUUGAUCUGAAUGAAUUGUCUGGACUUAUCGUCGGCCAAAACUAUGUGGGCAGCGUCCUUAAGCAGGCAUACACCGAUGAAGAUGAUAAUGAUGAAGACGAGGAUAUGGAAGAUCCUUGUCAGAUUGUUUUUGGCAUAACAACAGCAAUCAAUAUGUCAAACAAACAUUACCAGAUUUGCAUUCAGCAGUUGCAGAAAAUGCUUUUCGAAAAAGCAGAGAAAUAUGCCACCGAUGCUGUUCUACAGCAAUUUCGCGACGCACUUCAGAGUGGAACAAAAAACACUGCGCUGUUGCUGAACGAGAGAUUUGUAAACAUCCCUGCAGCUGUGUGUGUACCAAUGUUUGAGAAUCUGCUAAUUGAAAUAGAUCGAGCUAAAGCCAAAGGAAUGCCAUACAAGUUUGAUUAUUUUCUCAUGUUUGUCAAGUACUACCAGAAGGCGGCUACAGGUACUAAGUCGGCUGAAGUGCUGUAUUCGAACGAUGAGGAAGAGUACUUUAUUAAAGAUUCCGUAGCCAGUUUCGACUAUUCGGUACAAAAGGAAACCACGACGGCAUUGGCAGGUAAUUGGUUAGAAGAGGAUGAAGAAUUACAACCGUUUCGUAAGGUGUUGCUAAUCGAAGCAAGUAAACUGCCGGAAACUAUUAAUACAGUGAAGAGUUUAAUUGCUAGUGCGACUAGUAAUUAGGAUACAGAAUAAAAACUAUAUCUUUCCA